GGACCAAUAAGGAAAUGGUUUUCCAUAUAAUCCACUUAGCCAUCACUUGCAUUUGAAAUUUUAAGUAUAUUAACUCUAGCAACACAACCUCCGGUCCGGCCGGAGAGCAACUCUAGCAACAAUGGAAGAAGAAGAAGACUCCUUAAGCCCCAACAAUGGCGCAAAUCCUUCUGAUGCCUCAGAAGAAGCCCGUCAAAAGAAACAUGCCGCGAUGCUCGAGCGCCUCGCCAAUCGUCAGCACACUCGCAGCUCGCUCAGCCGCAGAUCGGGAGAGUCCGAUGACUCCUCCGCCUCUCCUGCUUUCGAGUCCACUUCCUCCUUCCUUUCUCGCUUCAUCGAUUCCAAACGCUCUGUCGAGGCCCAAAUCGCCCAAUCCCGACUCACCCCGACGCCCGAGUCGACUCAGCUCAAACCCCACCUCGACGCCAUCUCUGCCUCCAUCUCCGGUCUGGAAAAGCUCGUCGCCGAGAACUCAUACUUUUUGCCUUCUUACGAAGUUCGAUCAUCGCUCAAAGCCAUCUCGGAUUUGAAACAGAGCCUCGACAGUUUGAGCUCUGAUCUAGUUCCCAAAAAGAAAUUCUCUUUCAAGAACAAAGCUCCGAAGAAAGACCACCCCGGCCUUGAUUCAAACAGAGAGAAAGAGGCUGAAAUUGUCAAACCAGAGAAAAUGGGCUACGCGGUUCCGGAUUCGCCUGGGUUUCGAAACAAGACGGGCGAGGUUUUGGUGAUGAAAUUCAAUGGUUCCGAGAUUGGAGAGUUUACAAUUUCGGACCUUGAUUCUUGCGAGGUGAGGCUAAUUGGCUGUGUUAGAGCAUUGUUUGUUCACAGGCUUCGGAAUUGUCGAGUCUACGGAGGUCCUGUGAUGAAUUCAAUUCUGUUCGAGCAAGUUGAGGGGUGUGUUUUCGUAAUGGCGUCUCAUCAGAUUCGAAUUCAUCAUGCCAUGGCCACUGAUUUCUAUCUUAGAGUCAGGAGCAGGCCCAUAAUCGAGGACAGUAGUGGUGUGAGGUUUGCGCCAUACUGUUUGGGCUAUGAUGGGAUUCAUAGAGAUCUUCAGGAGGCCAGCCUUGCUGAAGAGACUGAGAAUUGGGCCAAUGUUGAUGAUUUUCGGUGGUUAAGAGCAGUACAAUCUCCGAAUUGGUCGAUUUUGCCAGAGAAUGAAAGAAUUGGUUUCGUUAACUUUUCUUCAAAUUCGAAUUUGGAUACCAGAGCCGAAGAAAUUUAUUAGAUUGUUCAAGUUUUCAAAAUUGAAUUGAUCCACAUUUGUGUUUCUCAUGAGUGCUUCAUUGAGUUAUGUGUUUAAUGGAUACUUUUCUGUUAGCAUUUGGUUGAUUAUUGCAAUGAGAAUGCUUUCAAACUUUCUUAUUA